CCUUCAUCGGCUGUCAUCUGUCAUUAUUGCAAAAAUGUCUGAAAUUGUUCGUAUCUUUUAAAAAAAAGAUUAAAAUGUAAAAAGAUAAUUAAAGUAGAAUACACUGUUUGGUUUUAUUAAUCACCGAAAUAUUAAUAACGCGAUCGCGACUGUUAACGGUCGUUUGGUCCGACUGAGCACCGUUUACAAGACUAGGAAGUAAUGCAGAGAUAAUAUCCCAUGAACGUCGAGUGCUCGAAGCCAAGUGCCGAAUUAUUGCUGUGCAGACAAAAUGACGCGCCCCGGUCCCCCGAGCGACAAUCUCCCGACAGUGAAGCUGGUGGUGGUAGGAGAUGGUGGUGUGGGCAAGAGUGCUAUCACCAUCCAGUUCUUCCAGAAGUUGUUUGUGACAGACUAUGAUCCUACCAUUGAGGACUCCUACAUACAGCACACUGAAGUGGAUGGACAGUGGUGCAUCUUAGAUGUGCUGGACACAGCGGGACAGGAGGAGUUCAGUGCGAUGCGGGAGCAGUACAUGCGCAAGGGGGACGGCUUCCUGCUCGUGUACUCCGUCACAGACGCACAAAGUUACCAGAACAUCCGCCAUUUCCACACGCAGAUACUGCGCGUCAAGGACAGAGAGACGUACCCGAUGCUGGUGGCUGCCAACAAGGUGGACCUGGUGCACGCGCGCGCUGUCAGCGAGGAGGCGGGCCGCGAGCUGGCGCGCGCGCUCGCGGCUCCGUACAUUGAGACCAGCGCCAAGGAGCCGCCGCUCAACAUCGACGCCGCCUUCCACGAGCUGGUGCGCAUCAUCCGCAAACACCCGCAGCAGGAGGAGAAGCAGCGACGUCGGCGCCGCGGACUCGGCCGCUGUCAGCUGCUCUGAACUGCGCCUCAUCUGCACCUCAUCUGCGCCUCAUCUGCGCAUCAUCCGCAAACACCCGCAGCAGGAGGAGAAGCAGCGACGUCGGCGCCGCGGACUCGGCCGCUGUCAGCUGCUCUGAACUGCGCCUCAUCUGCGCCUCAUCUGCGCAUCAUCCGCAAACACCCGCAGCAGGAGGAGAAGCAGCGACGUCGGCGCCGCGGACUCGGCCGCUGUCAGCUGCUCUGAACUGCGCCUCAUCUGCGCCUCAUCUGCGCAUCAUCCGCAAACACCCGCAGCAGGAGGAGAAGCAGCGACGUCGGCGCCGCGGACUCGGCCGCUGUCAGCUGCUCUGAACUGCGCCUCAUCUGCGCCUCAUCUGCGCCUCAUCUGC